AGAAGUCAUGAGUUGGGUGUUCAAGGGCAAGUCUGUAGAGUUUUUGGACAAAAAGUGUUGAGCUUCAGUAUGGUGGGUUUUAUUUGACUGGGGUUACUGAAUAUUUCCUAAAAUGACGAUCAUCCGCUUCAGAGGAAGCACCAGGGCCUGCCCACCAGAUUGUCAUGUGAUAUCUUCUUGCAGCUUCUUGUUCCAGGCUGAAAUUAACCUUAAACAGAUGGGGCUGGGGCUGUAUAUUCUCAUGGUAGUUUGCGGAGGUUUACGAUUUCAGCAGGGCACUGCAGCAGUUCAUUCCUUCAGCAUUGAUUAUAAAAAUAACUGCUUCCUCAAGGAUGGAAAUAAGUUUCGUUAUAUCUCAGGCAGCAUCCAUUACUUCCGUAUCCCACCAGCUUACUGGAAAGACCGGCUCCUCAAGAUGUAUAUGAGCGGUCUCAAUGCUGUACAAAUUUAUGUCCCAUGGAAUUACCAUGAACCAUUGCCUGGAAUUUACAACUUUUCUGGGGAUAGAAACUUGGAAGGAUUCUUGGACUUAGUGGCCCAAUUAGGGCUAUUGGUGAUUUUGCGCCCUGGACCCUACAUCUGUGCUGAAUGGGAUAUGGGUGGCCUUCCAUCUUGGCUGUUGGCAGAACCAAAUAUUAUUCUACGAACAUCUGAUCCAGGUUUUCUGCACGCUGUCGACAAAUGGCUGAGUGUCCUGCUACCAAAAAUAAAACCUCGUCUUUACCAAAAUGGAGGUAACAUCAUCAGUAUCCAGGUGGAGAAUGAAUAUGGAAGCUAUUACGCAUGUGACUAUGACUAUAUGCGUCACCUCCUGGCUGUUUUCCGCUUGUAUUUGGGCAGAGAAGUUGUACUUUUCACAACUGAUGGCAUCAAAGAAUCUGAGCUGAAGUGUGGGACCCUGCAAGAAUUAUAUGCCACUGUGGACUUUGGAUCAGACACAAAUGUGACACGAGCAUUUGAACAGCAGCGUCUGAUUGAGCCAAGAGGGCCACUGGUAAAUUCUGAGUAUUACACAGGCUGGCUGGAUUAUUGGGGUGAGCCACACUCCACAAAAAGUACUACAGUUGUGACUAAUGGCCUACAGAAGAUCCUAGAAUUGGGAGCCAACGUCAACAUGUAUAUGUUCCAGGGUGGCACCAAUUUUGGUUACUGGAGUGGUGCUGAUUAUAAGGACAAGUAUUAUCCUAUCACUACUAGCUAUGACUAUGAUGCACCUCUCUCAGAAGCUGGAGAUCCUACAGAAAAGCUGUAUGACAUUCGAGCCAUCAUUGGCAAGUUUCAACUGGUGCCUGCAGGACCAAUACCACCUCCCACUCCCAAAUAUUCAUAUGGCUAUAUAUCUUUACCACUGUGUGUGGCCUUUUUGGAUAUUCUAAGUCUUCUCUCCCCUGGCCUACCAUUCCAUUCUUCCUUCCCCCUCACUUUUGAGGCUCUGAUGCAGACCCAUGGCUUUAUGUUGUAUCGUACUGUUCUUCCAGAUGACAUCCUACAGCCUGUUUUGCUCUCAGUCCUUGAGAAUGGGAUCCAUGACCUUGCCUACGUUUUACUUAAUGGAGAAUAUAAAGGGACACUGGAACGAGACAGAGUGAAUGCCAUCGCUAUAACUGGUCAGCUAGGAGAUUCAUUGGACUUGCUGGUGGAGAGCAUGGGCCAUAUCAAUUUUGGAGCAAAUAACAGUGACUUUAAGGGCCUGACCCAUAAUCUUACUUUGGGUUCUACCAUUCUAAGUGACUGGCUAAUCUAUCCACUUGAUAUUGACUCAGCUGUGGCCCAGGAAUGGCCUCCAUAUGUCCCACGAAGCAAUAGCACCGCAGGACCUGCUUUCUAUACCGGGGUCUUCAAAACACCUGGUAUCAACUAUGACACCUAUGUGAAGUUUCCAGGGUGGAGCAAGGGCCAGAUCUGGAUCAAUGGUUUUAACCUGGGCCGUUUCUGGCCAGUUCGUGGACCCCAGCAAACCCUCUUUGUGCCUGGCUUUCUCCUCAGUACCUCAGUCCUCAAUACUAUUGUAGUGUUGGAACUGCAGAAUGCACCAUCAAACCCAAAGGUGCUUUUUCUUGACCGUCCCGUUCUCAACGGCACUUCUAGCUUCUCUCUAAAGGACAUGAAAUAACUGGAAAUGCUAUCCAAUUAUGACAUUGCUGAGACCCAUGGCAAAAGUAUUUGAAAUCACUGUCUUGUAAGAAUCAAAUGAAUAAAGUAUUGGACUGUAGCGUAAGCUCUAAUGAACAAACCAAGUAAACUACAGUUAUUUAGACAGCAAGUCUUUCACUGGAGUAUUAGUUGAAGUUGAUGCUAUUUAAGUGCUCAGGAUGAAUCAUGCUCCUCACCAAAUUAAAUAUGCAGGUAUCUGGCAUAGUAUUGUAAUGCAUUCUUGGCACUGCAUUUGUAUCAAAGAUAGAGUUGCAAUUGGAAACUGGCAAAGUUCAGUGAAAAUAGGAUGAACCAGGCAAUCACAUGACAUACUUGGGGAUAAGGCACCUUUAAACAUCAGGAACAGAUAUAAAGUUCUUUGUGCUUUAUAUUAAGUAGAUCAAGGGUCUGUCUCGAUUCUUAAGACAUCUAUUGCUACUUGUGAAAGUACUAGCUAAGAGACAAUCAAAUAGCAUUAGGUCAAAAAAA